ACGAGUGAGUCAACGAACUGGUUCGUUGUCUCCAUUUUUUUCAUACUCAUGCAGUAUAGUUUUAUGACAAUAGAUAAAAAUGGCAAUGUCAAAGUACGUUUUAUGUUUAUUUCCAGAAAGAAACUCUCCGCUCAGUGGAUUUCAUAAGUUGAGGAGCAGCUAAAACACGGCGCAGCUACCCGAUUAUUGUUCGUAAAAUGAAUGCAAAAAAUGCGAACGAGGACAAUGGACAUUUAAUCUUGCAUUGAAUUCCUACGAUAGCACAAUUCCGAUGGGAGUCGUUGUCCUUAUAUCGUCGUAGUCGUUGCCGGCAAUGACAGAAAACCAGCAUGGUGUAGAGAAAACCGUACAUGCAUCGGAAAUAAUAGGCGAUUUUACAAUGUGUUAAAUUACCAUACGAUUUGUUACACAUUUCAAGUGAAAACUUUCGAACAAACACAACGAAUCGAAACGAAACGAUUUACAAACAAAACAGCAAACAGCGAAUAAAACGUGAAACAAGAAGAGUAAAAACAAGUAAAUCACGCCGUUGGUUUAAAGGGCAUUAAAAACACACCGCCAGUGAAACAAGUGUGAAAAGUGUGUGAGUGAGCGAGAAGGAAAAUGCAAAAGUUCGUAGUGAAAAAAAGUAAAAGUGCUCCAUUAGCACCGACAUCGAGUCAACCGUUACUACCAUUGCAGGUGAAUUCGGUACCAUUGUCGACUGGUGAAAAAAUGGUGCUGCAAAAUGCAUCGACCGCGAAAUCGAAUUCAACCGAAGAUUCCACUGCAUUGUAUAAAUCAGAUGUGACAACGAAAACAGCGACAGCAGCAGGAGGAACAGCAGCGGCGGUAAUAACAAAAUCAGCCACACCGUCGCCCACAACCAUCGCAUCACACCUAAAUAUGAGCGGUUAUUUAAAGAAGAAACGAAAUAAAAUGGGCGGAUGGCGCAAAUUAUGGUUUGUUCUACAAAAUCAAUUGCUACUUUCAUAUUCAUCGAAAGAGGAUUAUGAGAAAAAGUUGGCGCCAUUUAAAGACGUUCUGAAUUUAGUGCCGGGAACGGUUGUGCGACCAUCGAAAGGACCGCGAUUCACAAUCGAAACAUCGACUAAUCUCAUCUACACCUACCGCUGUGAUAAUAACAAAGAAUGCUCCGAAUGGAUAUCAGCACUAGUCGAAAGCCUUGGGCUUCAGUCAACUGACUACAAAAAAGCAUCGUGUAAAUUACAUUAUUCGAUGGAGAAUUUAUCCAAGACGCGAGCAUCAGCAUCAUCAUCGUCGUCUACUUCGCCCGCAUCAUCGUUUAUGUCGUCGCGCAGUUGUGAUUCCAUCUAUCGAUCACAAAAGGCUAAAGUUAACCCAAAACUACCAGUGGCACAGAAUACGGCCCGAAUAUUGGAACGUGCUCAAAAUACACAGCCCAGUAAAACUGGCACCAAUGCGAAAAAGGAAGCAGUGACUCAGCAGGUUCAAAACUUUCGGCUGCAUCCAAACGAGUCACAUGGAAAUCAGUCGUUUGAAGUGCAUCAAAUAAAUCGUAUGUUCAACGCGAACGCUAUCAGUGUGACCAGUAAAAGCCACCACGGUGCUAAAUCGAUUUUAACAGCAAACGGUGAAUUAGUUGAUCCACGCAAAUCGACACGGAAUGAACAUUUACGGCGCCGACAUCAUCACCAUCAUCAUCAUCACCGUAUAAGGGAAGUGAAUGAAAUGUCAACCGACGACAAUCACAUGUGUAUCACCAAAUUGAAGGCAGCCGCCGACAAUAACGGUCUUGAUAAAAAUAGUAAUCGCCAUUCAAUCACAAUCAUGGAUGCAGAACCAACGCACCGUUUUGAAAACGGAAAUUGCACGUUGGCAGAGCAAAUUCAGCGUAUUUCGAUGGAAAAUGAUAAAAAUUCGAACAUGCAUGCGGUUUGCGUGCGUAAAACGUCAGCAAACUCAUCAAUUGCCUCACCAUCUUUAUCUUGUUCAUCUUCAAUGUCUUCGGGUUCGUCAGGUGUUUCAAAUGCGUCAACAGCAUCAGCGACCAAAUUUCAAUUGCUUACAGCACCCAAAGACCGUAGCACUCAAGACAGUACGGAUGCAACGAAGCAGCUAGUCCAAACAAAAGACGGCGAACCAAUUUAUGCGGUUGUCAAUCUCAGAGAUAAAUACGAGCAUCGCGCGAAAAAGAAAUCAUUGGAUGAACAACACGGCAUCGAAUUUAUUCAACGACGCGAUCGUCCAAACAGUUUUCACGUGGUUUCCGGCGAUUAUGAAGAGGUGCUUCAACUAUCAGCCGACUGUGUUGAUGGUUGUGAAGACGAAUACGACGACGAGAAUAUUUAUGAGCCAAUAAAUAUACCGGAGCUAUCAACGAAAAGCCCGUUGUGGCGAUACUUUUCCAAAAUAAACAUUGAUACGCUAGUCGAGAUAACACGCUGGAAGAAGGAACAACAACAACAACAGCAGCAAUUGCAAAAUGGUAAAGAUGAAACGUCAACCACUUUCGCUGAUCUGCGCAAACGUUUCGGUCAACAUCGCAAAUCGAUUAAAAAUCGCGUCAAGAAAUUGUAUAACCGAAGCAACAGUUGCGAUGAUCACGAUAAAGUACAUGUUCAUCCGAAUGGAAAUGGCAUUGAUAUCAACCAUCUGAAUGGUCAUUGCCAUAACGCAUCCGGAUCAACGGCAUGCGACUCAUCGGCAGAUAAGAUCGGCCACGUUCAUCCCAAACACGAGGGUUUUUCCGCAUACUUUAACAAACGGGAUCGUCACCUAUUUAGCAGUAUGCUGAAGAAAUCACGCACCUCCUUGACUUUUGAUGACGCCGCACGGAAGAAAAUCAUCAACUUGGCCGCACUCGGCGGUAGGAAUGGUGGUAAAAAUAAAGCUGCGACAAAUUUAGAGAAAAAUGGAUGCCAUAGCAAAUUUUACGAUUGAAAAAUGAAGCGGCCAGUUGAAGAUAGGCACAAAAUACUGCAAUAUUUACCGAACAACUCUAUAAUAAACACAUAUUUAUUUGACAUAAAUUACUUUACUGGAAUAUUUAAGAACUCUCUCUCUCUCUCUCUCUCUUUUCUAACCUUCAUCGAGAAUACCAAGUUAAUUGUAUGGGUGUGAAGAUAGACUUACGUUUCAAUAAAACAAAAACCAUUGAUGUUAAAUAAAGCAAAUCGUAUGCAAGUCAA